AAAUAGUAUGAAAUAAAAUAAUAAUUAUGUAAAUCCUCCUAAAAAAAUUGGAUUAUUUCGCCAAUUUUUUAUAAGGAGUUUAACAUUGAGGAUCUUACUGCUCUUUAUAACAAGCCCAAGAAUGCUAUAGAUACGACCCCUUACUACCUCGAAAUACUUUUGCUAUGGGCCGUAAUCCCUACCAUCCGAAACCAACUGACGAAGACUCCUCGUCGGCUUCGGAAACUGACACUCUCCUCGCCGGCGUCGGCUACACUGUCCGUUCAUCCGACCUCCACCAUGUUGCGGAUCGACUCGAGAAGCUCGACUCCACCAUUAUCGCCGCCGCUGCCAGCGGAGUCCCGCCGGAAUUUCUCUGCUCUAGCGCAAUCCACUAUAACCCAUCCGAUCUCGCCUCCUGGAUCGACUCCCUCCUCACCGAGGUGCCACCCCACUCCUCUCCCUCCUUGUGGACGGAUGCUACCUGUCUUCCGCCGCCGUCUUCAUUCUCCAUCGAUGCUCAUCGGCUGGGAAAAGAGGAGGACGCCGGAAUCCGCCUGGUCCACCUCCUCAUGACCUGCGCCGACUCGAUCCAACGCGACGAUCUGGUCCUCGCGAGAUCACUCAUUGACGAGAUGCGCCUCCUCCUCCCCCUCAUUGGCGUCGGAUACGGCAUCGGAAAGGUCUCCAUAUUCUUUCUCGAUGCCCUAGAUCGUCGCAUCAGCUUCCUUCCUCAACCAACCAAAACUGUGUUGGAGGAUGAAAUUCUCUACAGCCAUUUCUACGAGGCGUGCCCUAAUCUUAAAUUCGCUCAUUUCACCGCGAACCAGGCGAUAUUAGAGGCAUUCAACGGCUGUGAUCGCGUCCACGUCAUCGAUCUCAGCCUUAUGCACGGCCUCCAAUGGCCUGCCCUAAUCCAAGCCCUAGCCCUCCGGCCCGGCGGCCCGCCCGCCCUUCGUCUCACCGGGAUCGGGCCGAAGACCGCUAAGGUGGGCCUCCGGCUAGCCGAAUUUGCCCGUUCCGUCGGCGUCCCAUUCACCUUCCAAGCCGUCGCCGCCGGCCGACUCGACAGCGUCCGGGUCAAGCCGGGAGAGGCGGUGGCUAUCAACUCCGUGCUUCAGCUCCACCUCCUCCUUAGCGAAACCGGCCCGAUCGACUCGGUGCUUACCUUGAUCCGCGAGCUCCGGCCCAAAAUCCUAACCGUGGUCGAGCAGGACGCGGACCACAAUAAGCCGGCCUUCCUAGACCGGUUCACCGAAGCUCUGUUCUAUUACUCCACUUUAUUCGACUCCCUCGCGGCAGGCGGCGGCGAUGGCGGCUGCUCCGCCGCAGCUGAAGUUUAUCUACAAAGAGAAAUCUGCAACAUAGUGUGCUGCGAGGGAUCUGAGCGGGUCGAGAGGCAUGAGCCUAUGGGGAGAUGGCGGGUUAGAUUGGGCCGGGCGGGCUUCGAGCCCAUGCAUCUCGGUUCGAACGCCUUCCGGCAAGCAAGCAUGCUGCUGAAGCUGUUCUCCAGCGAGGGAUACGGUGUGGAAGAGGUUGAAGGAUGCCUGUCACUCAGCUGGCAUGGCCGCUCACUAAUUUCAGCCUCGGCCUGGCGGGCAAGGGCUGAUUCUGCGGUGGCGUUGGUUGCUCGCCAUAGAUAUAUUAUUUUGUGAUAAUAUUAAAAAUGAUAUUAAUUAGUGGAAUGCGAAAAAUUAGUGAAAUUUAAAUCUUGUGUAAUAAAGUUUGUUUAGCUCA